AUGGAUGGCGGCAGUUCUAUAGAUGGAGACAGUGCCGCGGACGACGGCCAUGGCGCGGCUGCGAACGAUGGUCAUGGCGCGGCUGCGGACGUGCUUGCCGAUGGCGCCGGCGGGGCUGAGGUUAGGUCAAUCCACGGCGUCGGGCUAGCCUCGGGCUGCGGUGGGGUUGAGCCAGCAUCGGGCCAGGCCGGAGACUCGGCUACAGCUGGCUCGGGCCUGGCCGGUGGCUCGGCUACAGCUGGCUCGGGCCAGGGCGCGGCAGUGGAUGGGGUCUCUGGCGAGGGCACGGCUGGGUCGUUCAUGGCAGCAGCUUCAGGCCAGGGAGGUACUCAGUUGCCGCCAGCAACAUGGGCGUGUCCAGAUGGGAUGGAUCCAAAUUCGAGUUAUUUGCUCAAAAUUAAAUUGUUUGGCAAUCCAAAGAAAGCUCGAAAGGUCAUAAGAUGUUUUUGUUUUGAGAAGGUUAUCGAUUGUGACUUGACAAAUUAUAAGGAUUUGGUCGAGUCAAUUGUAGAGCAGUACCCGCCGCGUUAUUUGGAAGUUGCACAUGUGCAAUAUUAUGACUAUGCUCUUAAAAACUGUCCAGAAGUAAAAUCUGACCAAGAUUUGAUGAUUAUGUUUGUAAAACACUCGGAGACAAAGAUGCUGCAUAUGAUUAUUGCAUAUUGUGAUCCCUCGGAACCAUAUGAGCCUAUCACCAGGUGGGAUGAACCUAACAGCAAUAUAGAACAUGAGGAUGAUACUUACCUUCGCAACCCAAGACCUGAGAAUGAGCAUGUUGGUGUUGAUGAGGAGAAUAUGUAUGAAGUGGACGAACCUAUGCCCUUAGAUGUGGUUCUUUAUCGUAAUAAAGAAAAGGAUGAUGAAGUAGAGGCGUCUGAAGUAGAGGAGUCUGAAGUAGAGGACGAUGAAGUAGGGGAGUCUGAAGUAGAGGAUGAUGAAGUAGAGGAGGAUGAGGAGUGCCAUGAGGCAGAGCAUACUCCACAUGUAGAGUAUGACAAAUUAGACCCUCCAAUGACAAAAGGCUUUACAUAUCCCAGCAUGAAAGAGUUCAAGUUGGCACUUUCUCAGCAUGCAAUCAAACAUGAAUUUGAGUAUAAUACCGAGUAUAGUACACCUCAUCGGUUUAGGGGCUAUUGUUCAAGACAAGAUGCUGAUAAUUGUCCAUGGAGGAUACAUGCUUCUACGAUGGAGGAUAAGUGUACUGUAAUGGUGAAGAAAAACCCAUGUGGUCAUGAUUGCUCUAGUACAAGAAGGAAAAAGAAGAUGAAGAAUGCAACCAAGUUUUGGAUAUGUGAUAAGGUGAAGGAUUGGCUGAUUGAAGAUGCUACUCUCGGAGCGAAGGCAUUGCGCAAAAAGAUUAAAGAACACCACAAGGUUGACAUCCACUACAAGAGGGUAUAUAUGGGUAAGAAGCUAGCUCUGAAAGAACUAUAUGGUGAUUGGGAUAGCAGCUUUGACAAUUUGUAUAGGUUUAAAGCGCAAGUUGAAAUAUCUUGCCUUGGUAGCAUAGUGCAGAUUGAUCAUUACACUAUAAAAGAAAAAAAAUCAGGUUUAGAAGGUUCUUCUUUGCUUUGAAACCUUGCAUAGAUGGAUUCCUUAGUGGUUGCAUACCGUAUUUGGCAGUAGAUAGCACAUUCUUAACAGGCAGGUUUAAGGGGCAGCUAGCCAGUGCUACUGCUGUAGAUGGCCAUAAUUGGAUGUAUCCA